AUGGGUAACAACGUCUCCAUCAAGAAAGUCAACACCAACACUGACAGUGAGGAGUUUGUUGACAUUGAUCAGCUCAUGAGAGACAUGGAAGAAAGGGAAGGAAUGUUGUUUGAAAGUCCACUCCAUCAGUCAUAUUCCAUUGUUGUGGAUGGCAAAUCUGUGGAUGGUUCUGCCCCAGCAGAACUCAUCAAAACCUUGAGCUCAAAGGAGAAAAUGCUGCUUCAAGUCUACCAAGAUCAAGCAAGGACCAUGGAAAACAAGCAACCCCCCCAAUGGUCAACUUCGCAGAAUGCACGAUGUGCAUGA